AUGCGGUGGUCCACGCUGGUCACCUUGAUUAUAUCAUGUCUGCUAUUGGGGGCGUUUGCGGCGCCGGCAUCGGGACUGGCUCGACGCGAUGAGAUCGCCAACACAGACGGAAACCAGGAUGGAAACCAAAAUGCAAACACGGCAACGGCAGAGAACAAUGCCAGUGAGGCCUCGACGACGGCAACGCAGACAGAUGCAUCGAUUACGGCUACAGAGGCUUCGACAACGGCUGAGGCUACCGCUACUGGUACUCAUGCCGUGACUACUGGCGCAACGAAUGCUACUACAACGACCUCGGCGCCAUCGGCCACCUCGACGGUACCAUCGCUCGAUGGAACGACGAGCUCGUCCUCUUCAGAUGGGGCAGAUUCUCAGAGACCAACUUACAAUGGUGGUCUUCCUAUCACGCCCAAGAUCACACCUGCAUUUGGAGUCGGAGGGUUUAUACUCAUGGCACUUGGUGCCGUGUUGGCAUUCAUUGGAGUUCGCAAGCAAUGGGUCCAAAUCUUCCUGGCGACUGGAUUUUUGACUGCAUUGGGUGUCACUGUCCUGAUUAUUUAUGUCAUGAGUCCACCUGUUAGUAACGCUGUGCAAGGCGGUUACUUGGUUGCUGUUUUCUUCACUGGAGCCGUCUUCGGUGGUCUGUCUCUCGUCUUCAGGGAGAUCUGUGAAGGUCUCGGAUGUCUCCUGGGCGGAUUCUGCCUGAGCAUGUGGUUCUUGGCUUUGAGACCUGGUGGACUCCUUACCGAAAGCGGUCCCAAGGCUGGCAUGAUCAUCGCAUUCACUGUGGGAUUCUAUUCCUUGUCAUUCAGCCACUACACCCGGCCUUACGGCUUGAUUGGAUGCACAUCUUUCUCUGGUGCAACCGCUUUGGUCCUCGGAAUCGACUGCUACAGCAGGGCAGGGUUGAAGGAAUUCUGGUUGUACAUCUGGGGUUUGAACAAGAAUGUCUUCCCCCUCAGGACCGACACCUACCCUGUGACACGCGGUAUUCGUGUUGAACUCGCUGCGACAAUCAUCGUCGGCAUUCUCGGAGUGAUCUCCCAAGUCAGACUGUGGAAUGUCAUCAAAGAGCGCAGAGCCAAGGAGGAGGACAUUCGCAAGGAGCAAACCCGGAAGAUUGAGGAGGAAGAUGCCGAGGCUGGUCGCCGUCUCGAAGAGAAGAACAUCCAAGAGCGGGCCGAGUGGGAGCUGAUCUACGGCAACGGUAAGGGAGCUGACGUCAAGACGGCUUCCAUAUCUGAGACCGCGGUUGGUGACUCGCGAAGGGGCUCAGAUGGAUUUACCUCUUCGGACAAUGAGAAAGACGGCGAUAUCGAACUCAAGGAAGUGCAUAGCCCGGAUUCAUCUGGUAGUGCCUCUGGCAGUGAAGAGAACGGCACUGGCGAGAAUGGAAACCGAGAACUGGAGGCUGUGCCCGAAGAGUCUGCCGAGCAUGAUCACGCGAAUGGAGAUAAGGAGUAUGGACCAGAGACUGAUCCGAAGGGCCGCCGACCUGCAACUCCUGUGACUCACGCCCUGGGUGUGGCUCGUGACGAUGCAUCCGAAAAUGGUGCUAUGGUUGGCUCUGAGGUUGGUUCACCGCGAAACACACGAUUCUCUGGUCGAGACAUGACAAACCGAGCCUCGAUGUUGUCUCAAGAAGCUGUCAUUGUUCACGACGAUGCCAACUCCUCCGUUCAAGGUGUUGCGGAUGAUCUUCACGAAACAAGUGUAGGCUGCCCCAGUGUGGCAUCUGAUGUUCAAAACCCUGUUGAGAUCACCGAGCGCGAGAUUGAACCUUCCGAGAAGUCUCUAGAGAAAGAACCUCAAGCUACCGGCGUGGAGGUCAAGUCCAACGUCGGCUCACAGGCCGCUCAGAGCGAGAAACCCAAUGCCGAUGAGAGUGCGACAACCAAGCUAGAUGUUGCAAAGGACGUUUCUGAAGAAGCGAAUGUCACUCCAACUGCUCCACAAGCGACAUCUGCCGAGAAUUCAUCAACCGAUAAACCCGUGGCAAAGGACGCGCUUGAGUCCUCUGAAGAGCCUCGCUCGCCUGAAACCUCCGUAACAGAUGUCGCAGCUGAAGCUGUGCCUGCGGCUGCAGCUGCAGUUGCAGCUGGGAAGACCCAAGAAGCAAAGGUCGAGCCUACAUUGCAACCUUUGCCUUUGACUGAUGCGAAGGCUGAAAGCGCAAAGGACAACAACGAAAGCCGGCCUCGGACUGCUGGUACAAGCAAGCCUGAGUCUAUCCAGGAACCCAUUCCUGAACCUGUACCCGAGCCUAUCCCUGAACCGAAGAUUGAGCCACCCAAGGUUGAGCCGAAGGUUGAAGUUAUCAAGAGACUGGAUGCAACCACCGUCAAGGCCCUUCCGGAACAAACGUCGAGAGUCAUCCACUCUUACCGUACAAACGAAUGGGCGAAGCAUCUCGCAGAUGCCGAUACCCCCGAAUGGGAGCCAAUUGUCUUUGACCCUGAGCCAGAGUUGCCAGAGCUUGAAGAGCACCACGAGGCCCCUGCCGUUGUCGAUGUCAAUAGUCUUCUCCAGACGCCGCUCACAGCUCAGCCAGCCCCCAUCGUGAACAGGCCCGAACCCCAAGAGAUAGAUCAACAUCAGGCUGCGUACAUCUCUUCAAUGCCAUCUCCAGAGAUCCCGCGGUCAAAGACACGUACCGGCGCUCACGGUCUUACUACCAAGGCAAUGCCACCUCCUCUUGCUCGAAACGAGUCAUCCGCCGCGAUUCCCAUUCAGCGAUCAUCAUCUGGCCCAACCUCCCCGACCCAAGAGCAAGGAUUGACUUCUUCGCGGAAUGCAUCAACUCCGUUGUUGACCAUCACCACGCCGAACGAGCCCAAGGAAACAGAGCCAUCCCCACGCUGGAGUGGACCACCUCCGCUGCUCGCUGUGCGCGAGGAUAUGGUGCGAAACCGCAUGUCCUCAACCUCCAAUCGCUUCGAUCCCUGGUCAUCUCGCAACCAAUCUCGCCAGUCUCUACCUGAUAUGUCGCCCAUCGCCUCCCCCAUAUCCCCAAUUUCACCUAUCUCCCCUCUCUCCGCCUUUCAAGAGAGAGACGAGGAAUACCACACACCUCACGACGAGGACAACAUCCCCCUCUCCAAACGUCGUGCCAUGCUCCAACGCCAAACGAUGCAGUCCCCCUCAGCAGCAAGUCUCCACAGCCUGGAGGGCCACUCCCCGGUCCAAUCACCACCUUCUCCCUCUGGUGACGUGAACCGGUCUGCCUCCAGAAUGGCGGCGUGGCGACAGUCUGUCCGCGAGGAAAUCACUCAGAAGCGUGACGUCCUACACUCGCCGCCCAUCAGUCCUGUCAGCCCUGAUAAACGCAAUACUUGGGGCUCCGUGCAGCAGAUGCGUGAAGCUUCCUCCACGCAACUUGGCAAUGCCAUUGCCGAAGCGAAACAAUACACACUGCUUGAUCUGAUCUCGGAUCAGAUCCAGCUGUUCCUCUUUUCGUCCUACUCCAUCACAUUCGUUGUACUGCAUGUCCCUUCAAGUCUCCACGGUGACUAUUUUCGCCGAUCUCCAUCUCCGAACCUCACUUUCAAAACGGCGUCAUUCCAAGCCUACAACUCUCUAUCGGAACCACACUCCUUAACAAUUCCAACCCCCGUGGAGCCACCUCCGUCCUUCGUUCGCGCCCAGCGGCGACAGUGCGUUCCUGGCCCGCCGUCGUUGGCCAUUCUCCGCCCCCCAGCAGUCCGCCUAGCAAAUCCGGUCAACCACGUCCCCCGCAUCACCCCAAUUUCUUUCCCCCCACAGCACUCAGACGAAAGUCUCCCACUAGCCCACGGCCAUUCAAGAGACGCCCGCCCACUACUCAGCGUCCCCGAGCGACGACGCAGCCGACUCACCCCAUCCCCAAGCAGCCUACAGGUCGAGCGCAGUCAGGGGGAGACGGAAAGCGGCCGCACCAGUAUCGCCCUGCCCCCUCGACACAGACGCAGCGAACUGUAUUCUCCAGCAGAAAUGGCUGCCGCGUUUGCGGGCAGCGCCGCGCGGGACACGGAGAACCUGCGGCCUCCCGAGGCAGUCCACCUGACGCAAGUGGGCACUCGACAGAAUGACCGCCCCCGUCACGCCCCUUCGCAGACUUCUCUACGCUCUCAAUCUCAGAUCGCUUCUGUUCCCUCGCACACCGGGCAGCCGCAGGCUGAUAUCGCUGAGGAAUUGGCCUGGGGACCUGCACACCCUUGUUUUCCUCAUUACAACCCGCAUGUGCCAAUUGGGUCACACGAACACCUGUCGACGCGUGUGAUUCGGAUUCGGAGGGAUUGGAUGAUUCAAGGUGAUCUGGCACCGACGUUCUCGAAUCUGUACCCGGAGAUUCUAGAUCCGUUAUUGUCGGAGCAGGAGUUCCGGAAGGUCAUUUCUACUGUCAAUGAUGGGAUCAUUAAGGCGUUUGAUCCUUUUAGUUUGAGGAAUUGGUUCGAUGGCGCUAUGGGAUUGCUCACCGGUUGGGUAUGGGAUGAUCUCAAUGGCCCUGGUACCAAAAGCCAACUGCAGUAUGUCGAGGCCUGGCUGGAGAAGUGGAACCGAGACGUUGGCUCCAAGGACGGGGUGUAUAUCUGGAGUUUACGGCGCACGGCGUACAUGUCGCUCGAUAUCCAGAUUCCCGAUCCCAAGGUGGGCAUCGUUCCCAGCGAGGCUGCGUCGGCUCCCAAUACCAGACCGAGUACAGGCAUUGGGGCUGGAGCUUGA